AUGUCGCUCGUCCUCCUCCCAAUGAACUCCAACUACCCUGGCUACUACUCCCCGAGCGACUCCGCGUCCUCGCCCAACCCCCGCCCCAACACCUACUCCCGCUCGUCCGACCAUGCCUCCCCCUCCCAGCCCUACUCUCAGUACGCUCAACAUCCUUCGCUCUCGGCGUCCGUAUCCCAAUCCUACGCUUCGAGCACCUCCUACUCCCCGCAACACCCCCAGCAGGGCUACCACUCCCCUCCAGCCCAUAACAUGCUCCCACCGAUCGCUCCAGGGUACAGUACUCGGGACGGGCGCCACGAUGUCUCCAGCGGGUACUCGAUCGGCCCGACGCUGCACGAUCUGCCGUUCACCGCGCGCGGCUCCCCGUCCUCAUCCUCGUCCUCCCCACACAGCACCUACUCCAGCCGCCCCGACAGCUGGCACGCGUCCUCGCGCUCCCCCACCGGCCACCACACCGCGCACGAACGCGCCCCCACGUACCCGCCCCCCGCGCGCGGCGCCGGCGCGCACCCCUCCCUCUCGCAGUCCACCUCCGGCUCGCACCUGAUCCCGACCCCGGCGCAGGUCUCGCAGUCGUUCCACCACCAACACCACCCUCACCACCCCCACCCCCACCCCAGCGCGCACGGCGGGUAUCUGCCGCACUCGCACUCGCUCCCGCACGCGUCGGCGGCGGCGCUCGCGGCGCCCUCCCCGCAGCGCGGAGGCCCGAUCGUCGCCGCGAUCCCGGCGGCGAGCGCGGCGGCGGCGCCCGUGGAGCGGUUCUACUGCGACCGGUGCGACAAGUCGUUCGGGCGCGCGCACGACAAGAAGCGGCACUACGAGAGCACGCACAUGCAGCACUCGCACACGUGCAGGUUCUGCAACAAGACGUUCAGCCGGAACGACUCCCUCAAGCGCCACCAGGACAACGGGUGCGACAAGGACCCGGAGAUGCACCCGUGA